CCCUUCGUCACCCAUCUCCCGCCAUAGAAAAGCUCAUCGCCAACCCUGCCGCCGCAGGUCGAGCUCAUUCAUACGCGCGGUCGAGCGUCUUAUUUCGAUUUCAUCUCUUUCACGUCUUUUAUUCUGGGCGUGCACGCCGCUUCGUUCUACGUUGACGCGCGUUGUGCGCAACUCCUUCUCCUCACUCCCACUUCUGAAGCUCCAUCCGCUUUUAGCACACGCGGCGAGCUGUGUCACUCUUUGCAAAAACUUUUCCUUACGCAACCAGAGAAUACGAAACGAGAAUUGUGAGGCUCAAGUGUCUUCCACAUGUCGGGCUUUGGUUUCGGUGGCUUCGGCCAGAACAACCAGAGCUCCACGAGUGGAUUCGGUGGGUUUGGCUCCAACAACAAUAACUCUGGAGGCUUUGGCACCUCCAACACUGGCGGCUUCGGCAGUGGCAACAGCUUGUUUGGCAAUUCGAAUAAUACGACUGGUUCUGGUUUCGGAGGUUUCGGCUCCUCCGGUGGUGCAUUCGGUCAAAAUAAAACAGGCUUUGGUACCACAACCACAACCUCUGGCGGCGGACUGUUUGGAGGCAGCACGACAACAUCUGGCUCAGGCUUCGGUGGCUUUGGCAGUACAACCUCGGGUGGUUUUGGUAGCACCAACACCGGUGGUGGACUCUUUGGUCAGCAAAAUAAGCCAGCCACAGGAUUCGGCAGUGGCUCCACUUCAGGUCUAUUUGGCAGCUCCUCAGGUGGCUUUGGGAGUGGCACAAACCAGACGCAAACUACCGGCUUCGGUGGAUUCGGUAGCGGUACCACGACCCAGAACAAUGGCACAGGUCAGGUACAGUUUUCGGAGACAACGGAAAAGGAUGCGAAUGCCACGGGAAACCAGAUUAACAAAUUUCAGUCCAUAACGACUAUGGACGCAUACAAGAAUUUUUCAUUUGAGGAGCUACGUUUAGUUGACUAUCAGCAAAACCGCAAACAAGGAGGUGGGCAGGCUGGCGCAUUUGGAGCAGGUUCUACCUUCGGUGGUUUCGGCAGCAAUAAUAACACAACUGGCGGAUUCGGAACUAGUACGGGGGGCGGCCUUUUUGGCCAGCAGAACAACAAUACAUCAACAGGCUUUGGCUCCAGCAACUCUGGCGGAUUGUUCGGAGCGAAGCCAGCAACUGGUGGCCUCUUCGGCAGCACAUCAUCUUCUGCACCAUCAGGUGGCCUUUUUGGCACAAGCAGUGGCAAUACGGGUUUCGGUGGCACGGGUUUUGGGGCCAACAACACAAGCAGCAGCACGACUGGAGGUCUUUUCGGGUCCGCAAACAACCAAGCUAAGCCCCUCUUUGGAGGUUUUGGAAGUACACAGAACACAGGUUUCGGAUCCUCAUCUGCUGGAGGAUUUGGCGCAAGCACACAGACAUCAACCGGCGGUGGCGGUCUCUUUGGAGGCAGCACUACCGCAACCACAGGUGGUUUUGGCAGUUCUCAACCCGCCUCAACCGGUUUCAGUUUCGGGCAGAAUAAUCAAACCAAUCAAACUACGCAGUCUGGCGGCCUCUUCGGUGGUGGCGGCUUUGGACAGAAUAAUCAAUCGAAGCCAGGCGGUUUAUUUGGCUCGUCGACAACUACAAAUACCGGCGGUGGCCUUUUUGGUAACACAAACAACCAAACACAACAGUCUGGCGGUCUGUUCGGUUCUGCACAAAACAAUACCCAACAGUCUGGAGGUCUUUUCGGAAGCAAGCCAGCGACCGGCGGAUUAUUCGGGAAUACGACCUCUGGUACAACUGGCGGCUUGUUUGGCAACACUCAACAGCAGACAAAUACAGGCGGGCUUUUUGGUCAGACGAACAACCAGCAAUCUGGAGGAUUGUUUGGUGCAAAGCCUACCACAUCGAGUACUCUUGGCGGUGGCCUUUUCGGUAACACCCAGCAGAAUUCACAGCAGGCCGCAGGCAGCUCACUGUUUGGAGGCUCACAACAACCUGCUCAGCAGACUGGUGGCAGCGUGUUCGGUAGUUCGCUGCUCGCGCCACAGCAACCUCAACAGCCGGGCACGUUGACGGCGAGCUUGAUGCAAAAUCCAUACGGAAACGAUGCGCUUUUUGCCAACAUUGGUACCCCUACUCAGAGCGUCGGCCCGCUUGCUACGCCGCUUGCCUCCAGUCAGAAGAACAAAAAACAAGCAUUAAUUCCCGCCUACAAGAUUAGCCCUGCUGCUAGCAGCCGCCUUACUACACCUCAAAAGCGACCAUCGGGCUAUGGUUUCUCUUACUCAACAUACGGUACCCCAGGCAGUGCUCUUCCAGGCAGUCCUUUUGGUCAUAGCACUCUCCUCAGCCCGGGAUAUGCUCGAGGUUUAAAUAAGAGCAUGUCAACUAGCAACUUGAGGAAUUCUUUCACCGCGGAAGACACCAUUCUCACUCCUGGCGCAUUCUCUUCUACCGUGCGUGGUGGCACUGGACGACUGAAGAAGCUCAAUAUUGAUCGCAGCCUGAACUCAGUACGCAAACCUCUCUUCGGAACUGUUACUCCUGAGCCCAGGAAGUCGGUCAGCUUUGAUACGUCCAGUGAACCAAAGGAGACGAACGGUACUUCAAGUCUUGGCCUGUCUAAUGGGGCACUCGUUCGCACUGAGAGUCCCACUUCUGAUCCAGAAACCAGCAUGAACGGUUCGUCACGAUCGAAUGGCUCUAGUAGUCAGGGGAAAGAACUUGCUGUAGUUCCCGAGGAUAGUUCUCCCGAAUCAGCUCCGGCAGUAAAGCCUGUUGUGCAGGUUCCACGUAGUCAUGCUGAUAAAGCUGCCGGUGGUUACUGGACAAAGCCGAGUCUUGAAGAGAUUCAGGCCUUGCCACAGGAGAAGAAGGCCAACUUUGAAAACUUCGAGGUCGGCUGCGAGAACAUGGGUAAAGUUAUCUUUCACAAGGUUGACUUUACAAGGAAUAUUCCCUUGGAUAAAAUUAUGGGCGACAUCGUAUUUUUCGAGAAGCGUAAGGUAUCCGUCUAUGGCGACAAUAGCUCGGUUAGCAAGCCUCCUCCUGGACAGGGUCUUAAUGUGCCCUCGACGAUUACUUUAGCGGACUCAUGGCCGCGUGCUAAUGCGGGCGCCACGGAAGUGCUUGAGAAGAAGGGUCCGCGUUAUAACAAACAUAUCAAUAGGCUGAAGCGCAUUCCAAACACGGAGUUCGUAGACUUCAACGGCAACACGGGCGAAUUUACGUUCAAGGUCGAGCACUACACCACUUACGGGGUUCCUGAUGACGAUGACGAUGAAAGUAUACUUGAUUCAACCAUGUUGACUGAUGAUGUUCCUUCGCCCACGCCUCUGAAGGUCUCUAAGCUGAGGGCCCAACAGUCGUCUCCGAACAUGAACAGUGAUACUUCCUUGCCAAGUCCCCCAGAAUCAGCACAUUCUAGCCCUGAUGACACGUUUGAUUUCAAGAAGGGUAAACGCAAGCAACUUCCGGGUCAAUUCGAUGAAGAAGCCAUGGAAGAAGAUGUCUAUGACGAGGAAGAAGAAAUAACUGGUAGUCUGCAGUCUUUUUUAGGGCAGCGCUCCGUGGGUUCAAGCGUCGACGACACUGAAGACGCAAAUGAAUUGGGUUUGGCAGAGGAUCAGGAGAUGGCGGGCUCCUUUCCAGUGCCAGCUCGUACCACGGAGCCACUUACCGCACCCCCAUCCUUCGAGCCAAAGUCUAUCCUUAAAAACUCAACAGUUCAUGGUACACCUCUCAAAACAGGCUCGGUUCUCUUCGGAGAUGAUUGGACAGAGCAACUUCAACGAACCGUCAGUCCAAAGAAGCAAGAUCGUGCCGCCCUGCGUGCCAACCAAUCUAUUGUGUACGAAUCCCCAGAGCAAGACCGAACUCCCAAGGUGUCCGAGCGUACGCAACCAUUCGCUACGACCGUGGAUAUCAUGAACUCUCUUUUCAAUCAGUCGACGAGGUCAACAAUGACGAAAUUCGGUGAUAACACGUCUGCUACUGAGUAUCCCAAUAAACGAAUCAAGAUUCGAGGAGCAGCCGAAUCUGAGGAGCUUGACAAUGCCUUUCAUCAAGCGCCGAAACCACAUUGGGGUCCCGAUGGCACUCUGGUAUACAUCGCCGGUCCGAUGGCGCCUAGUUUAGGGCGGAACAGCAUUGUCGAGAAGUUCGCGCCGUCUAUCAUUGGUGAGCGCAAUGACGUUCGCUUUGCAAAGCUCUCAGGUUCAGCUCAAGCGGGACUUGCACCAGCUCUAAUUGAGCAAAAAUCCUGUACGGAUAUUAUUUACGAGAGUGAGAAUAUUCCCCACGCUGUCACCAGUCCCGAUUUCGAAUUCGCGCAAUUCGCUGAAGUUGUUCCACUUGACAAUCUUGCUGGUCGGAUGGAACAGCGUGCUUGGGAGCUUGCACACAUUCUCUUCGACGCUCCGCAUGACGUGCCCAGCACGGUUGCAGGGUCUGAAAAGGACAUAUAUCUUCUUCGUUUGCGCAAGGACAAGGUAUCCGAGUUCUGGAAGAAGAUAGUGCGUAACGAUGUUCAAAACCAUGUUGCGAGAGCCGAGACAUUGGAGGAAAAGGCCUUUGCAUAUCUGACCGGAGGUCUAAUUGAAGAAGCAUGCAAUGUGCUGGUGGAGGGCAAGAAUUUCCACCUUGCUACACUUGUUGCGCAGAUUGGCUGCGAUAGGAGAUUUCGCGAGUCCAUGUCAACACAAUUGGAAAGCUGGCGGAUCCUCAAUAGUCUUGCCGAAUUUGAGGACUCCAUUCGAGCAAUCUACGAACUCCUUGCCGGUAAUACUUGCAUUUGCAGAGGUCAAUCGGCCGCUGGAUAUGAGAAUGUCACGUCAACCUUUGCAUUCUCCAAACGCUUCAAUUUGGAUUGGCGACGAUCUUUCGGCCUUCGUCUUUGGUACGGCAUAGACCCCGAGCAGGACGUUACGGAGGCUGUCCUUAAGUACCUCGAGGACUUGAAGGAUGGCCGUGAAGAAGUGCGACCUGUUCCGUGGUUCACUGAGCAGAAGAUCUCAACAAACUGGAUUGAUGAGGCUGCUGAUACGCGCGAAGACCUUCUUUGGAGCAUGCUGCAGCUUUAUGGAGGUGAUUCUUUUGAUCUUGCUGUCGCAUUUGCUCCAGAAUCCGUUUCUGGAAAUCCCAUCGAUGCAAGGCUUAGCUUCCAGCUUAUCACUUUGUUUCAAGCGCAGAAUGUUGGUGUUGCGGCAGAUCUCGGACCAGAAACCGUUGAUUCACUUGCGUCGACUUUUGCUGCAGAUCUGGCUACAGGCAUUAAGGCAAACCCAUUUGCUCUCGUCUCAGCAGUUUGGGUACUAUUGCAUCUUUCCGACGCGAAUGCGCGAAAAGCCGCAAUAUGUUCGCUGUUAGAUCAGCAUGCGUCGUUGAUCGAUGCACCUGACGGUAAAAUAUUUUCCGCUUUGCGCGAGAUCCGCAUACCCGAGAAAUGGAUAUAUCUGUCGAAAGCUCUUCAUGCCCAUGCCGUGACCAAAGACGCUGUUGCGGAAGCGGAGAAUCUACUUGAGGCUGGUGAGUGGGAACAGGCGCAUGAAGUUGUCUGCCGCACUGUUGGACCUGUCGCGGUCAUCGAAAAUGAUUCAGACCAACUUCGCGAACUGCUUGGAGGCCUUCACGAUCCGGUUUGCAAGGGCAGCAUCUAUGCUGAGAUAUGGGACAGGGGAGCUGGUAUCUAUUAUGACUUCGUCGAGAUGCGUGACCUUGAGACUCAAAAGGGUCAGAGGUGGAAAGAACUUGUCUCCAAGCUUGCAAAAGCACUUCAGCGAGUUAACACAGAAGGUGCUUUGGAAGGAAAAGAGCUCAGAGAACGCGCAGCUCUACAGAUCAUGGGCAAUGUUGUUGCUGGGUAUUUGGCGGAUGGUCAGCUACGGGAUGGAAGUGAAAGACUGAAGGUGCCUUUGACGGAAGAUAAAUAUCUGAUGCAUUCGAGAGCUCUCGGCUUGGAAUAUUUCAAGGCGUUAGCGGCGACUUCUUGAAAGUUCUAAGCGAAUUGGACGGAGGUUGUUUCAUGCGUCCUGCAUAUCGUCGAGCUUUACGACCAAUUUGCACAUAUUUGUCAUACUUGUGCGUAAAGAUUGAAGUGUAGUAAAAGUGGCUAUUAAGCAUCAGCGUAGUGAGACUGGAUCAGAAAAAAUGUAUAGUACUAAUUUGCAUUAAUUCUUGUUGUCAUGAACGCCUAGUGAUUCCCUUUGUUGAUAUGUCUGGUUUAGGUUACCAUUUGUUCUG